GGCCACCUCGAAAGGUCCUGAUUCACGUGCGUCAGAGGCAACACGUUCCGAGGAAACACAGCAGCUCAAGCUGAAACGCUUUUACAUUUACAGUUUUCCUGAGUUGCAGGUCUCUACUUUGCAUUCAUCCACCACGCAUCUCCGCAGGCUUUUCUCCAGAGUUGUCUGCUGUUCUAAGAUGGGGAAAAGAAGCAGACAGAGACAGAAAAACCAGACUUCUGGCAGGGACGACAGAGACAACGCUGGCUGGGGAGCAGGCUAUGCUGACAUUGUUAAGGAGAAUAAGCUGUUCGAGCACUACUACAAGGAACUAGGCCUAGUCCCUGAGGGAGAGUUUGAACAGUUCAUGGAGGCGAUGAGGGAACCGCUGCCAGCAACCAUUCGCAUCACUGGAUACAAGAGCCAUGCGAAGGAGAUACUCCACUGUCUCAAGGAAAAAUAUUUCAAGGAUAUUCAGGAGCUGGACAUUGAUGGCCAGAAGAUUGAAGCUCCACAGGCUCUUAGCUGGUACCCCGAUGAGAAGGCCUGGCACACCAACAUGAGCAGGAAGAUCAUCAGGAAGUCACCCCUCCUGGAGAAGUUCCACCAGUUUCUGGUCAACGAGACUGAGUCGGGAAACAUCAGCCGACAGGAAGCUGUCAGCAUGAUCCCUCCUCUGCUCCUGAAGAUUGAGCCACAUCACAAGAUCCUGGAUAUGUGUGCAGCUCCCGGGUCAAAGACAGCUCAGUUGAUCGAGAUGCUCCACGCUGACAUGGAUGUGCCAUUUCCUGAGGGUUUUGUAAUUGCCAACGAUGUGGACAACAAGCGCUGCUACUUGCUCGUGCACCAGGCCAAGCGUCUCAACAGCCCCUGCGUCAUGGUGGUCAACCACGACGCCUCCUGCAUCCCCACGCUGAAGAUCGACUCAGACGGGAAGAAGGACAUCCUCUUCUAUGACCGCAUCCUGUGUGACGUGCCCUGCAGCGGGGACGGCACAAUGAGGAAGAACAUAGACGUCUGGAAGAAAUGGACGACCAGCAACAGCCUGCAUCUCCACGGGCUCCAGCUGCGUAUUGCAGUGCGGGGCGUUGAACAGCUGGCUGUGGGAGGGAGGAUGGUCUACUCCACCUGUUCACUCAACCCUAUAGAGGACGAAGCUGUCAUAGCAGCACUGCUGGAGAAGAGUGAAGGAGCGUUGGAGCUGGCCGACAGCUCAGCUGAGCUGCCGGGGUUGAAGUGGAUGCCAGGGGUCUCUUCAUGGAAGCUGAUGACCAAAGAGGGCCAGUGGUACUCAGACUGGUCCGAGGUCCCGAGCAGUCGUCACACACAGAUCCGCCCUACCAUGUUCCCGCCAACAGACCCAGAGAAACUGGCUGACAUGCACCUGGAGCGAUGUAUGAGGAUUCUGCCACAUCACCAGAACACUGGAGGUUUCUUUGUGGCUGUGUUGGUGAAGAAAGCCCCGAUGCCUUGGAACAAAAGAUAUCCCAAGCUGAGGAAGGACGUCUCCUUCAGUUCAGCAGCCCAGACGGGAAGCUCUCAAGCGGCCUUGUCACCAACAAACACUCCCCAGCCUGAGGGUCUGCUAGAGGAGGUGGAAGGAGGCGGCCCUGAGGGAAAAGAAGACGGGGAGGCAGACGAGCAGCCGUCCAAAGGAGCUCCUUUGGCUCACGACGCUGGUGCUAAACAAGAUGGGGUGUGUGGGCCUCCACCCCCAAAGAAGAUGAAGCUGUUUGGGUAUAAAGAAGACCCUUUUGUGUUCUUAACUGAAGACGACCCCGUCUUCACCAACAUACAAUCUUUCUAUGAUCUGUCUCCUGACUUUCCCAAACUCAAUGUUCUGACCCGGACUCACGAGGGCAAGAAGAGACACUUGUACAUGGUCUCCAAAGAGCUUCGCAAUGUGAUACUCAACAACAGUGAGCGCAUGAAGGUCAUUAACACAGGGUUGAAGGUGUGGUGUCGCAACAGUGAUGGAGACGAGUUUGGCUGUGCCUUCAGACUGGCUCAGGAGGGUAUUUACACUCUUCAGCCUUACAUUCGCUCCAGGAUAAUCAGAGUGAGUGUGGAGGACAUCAAAGUGCUGCUGACCCAGGAGAACCCCUUCCUCAGCAAACUGCAGGACGACGCUCACAGUCAAGCCAAGAAAAUAGGAAUGGGAAGCAUUGUGCUGACGUAUAUUCCAAACCCAAAUAAUACAGCGGAGCCUCAGUGUCCCAUCCAGCUGUGUGGAUGGAGGGGGAAGACGUCCAUCCGAGCCUUUGUCCCCCGCAACGAGAGGUUUCAUUACCUCAGAAUGUUAGGUGUGGAGGUCUUCAGAGACAAACAGGGCCAGGGGCAGAAAAGGAGGGAUGGAGAAAAGGAUAGAAAAGAGGAGGUAGAGGACGAGGCGGAAAAGGACGCAGAGGAGGAAGGAGCAGCAGUGGAAAAUGAGGGAGUGCUGGACUUGGAGAAUGGCGAAAAAAAUGGAUCAUCACAGCCAAAGGCUGACAACGGCGACAAAGAGACUAGCAGCUGAGAAUGUAGUGGAGACAGUGGAGAGAAAGACUGAUGACAUAUUAGAGCUCUAAGAGCUGUCCACCAGGUCCAAAACCACAUUAUGUGGUAGAGUAGAGUAAUGUGCCUCUAAGGGGUUCUCUGUUUACCACACUGCCAGCACAGAAGAAUUCCCUACCAGAGACGGACUCCCUUUGGAGUUUUCAUUUUUUGGAUCUCCUCCAAGAGUCAGCUUUUUAGUUAUAUGGCUUGUCUUAUUUUAUAUAGUAACAGUUUUAACCAGCGUGUCCCUCUGACCUAGUCAGAGGAAUCACUUUUCUUUCAGUCGCUCAUGUUUUGAGAGCUUUAUAUUAAUUGCUUCCUGAUUUCCUACACCUGUUAUUAAGCAGAAGUAUGAUGUUAAUUAAAAGCGUGAAAUGUU